GUCGAGGCUACCAGGAGAGGAUAAGCGGAUAACCCAAUCGCUUCUCCUGGUCUACUAGCAGCUCUCCUCGUCGAGCAGAAAAACCAGGCAGCCAUGGCGUCGUUAGCCCUCAGGCCCAUCAUGCCAGCAACCGCGGCGGCCGCUUCCACGACCACAACUCUCAACCGCGCCCGCCGCGGCCGCUCCACCCUUCUCCGUCGCCGGCAGCCAGUCACGUGCAUGGCCGAGAGCAGCGGCGGCGGCAACAGCACCGUGGAGCUGGCCGCCGGAGCGGCGGGGCUCGCGUCGUGCGCGACGGUGGCGUGGUCCCUCUACACGCUCAAGGCGACGGGCUGCGGCCUGCCCCCGGGCCCCGGCGGCUCGCUGGGCGCGGCGGAGGGCGUCAGCUACCUCGUGGUGGCGGGCAUCGUCGGCUGGUCGCUCACCACCAAGGUGCGCACCGGGUCGGGACUCCCGGCCGGGCCCUACGGCCUACUCGGCGCCGCCGAGGGCGUCGCGUACCUCACCGUCGUCGCCAUCGCCGCCGUGUUCGGGCUGCAGUUCUUCCAGCAGGGGUCGCUCCCGGGCCCGUUGCCGUCGGAGCAGUGCUUUGGUUGAGAAUGGCUGAUGUUGUGAAUCGUGUGAGACUCUAGUGCGUGUUGCUGGUUCAGAUUGUAUCCUGAAAUCGGGUUGCCCAAGCAUUCUAAGCAUGUUCUGUGUGCGAUCGUAAUUGCUCAGUUUCACCGUGUCA